CAGAGGUUAACAGUGGAAGCACAUCUCUUUGUCAUAUACGAGCACCAUGCCUAGCUACACAGUGACCGUCGCAACAGGCACCCAGUGGUUUGCAGGGACUGAUGAUUACAUCUACAUGACUCUCGUGGGGACAGAGGGUAGCAGUGAGAGAACUCUGCUGGAUAAACCCCUGUAUAACGACUUUGAAAGAGGAGCGGUGGACUCAUAUGCUGUCAGUGUGGAGGAGAACCUGGGUGACAUUGAAUUGGUGAAGAUUGAAAAGAUGAAAUACUGGGUGCAUGAUGACUGGUACUGUAAAUAUAUUGCAGUGAAGACCCCCUCUGGAGAUUAUAUUGAGUUUCCAUGCUUUCGCUGGGUAGUCGAUGAUAAAGAAGUGAUCCUUCGAGAUGGUAGAGCACACUUGCCACAGGAUGAUAAAACUAGGGUGGCGAAACAGCACAGGCGCAAAGAGCUGGAAAUACGUCAAAAGACUUACAGAUGGAAGGAGUGGCAUCCAGGCUUCCCGAUGAGCAUCGAUGCGCUAAGCCAUAAAGAUCUACCUCGAGAUAUCCAGUUUGACAGUGAGAAAGGAGUGGAUUUCGCUCUCAACUACACUAAAGCAAUAGAGAACCUGUGUAUUAACCAGUUCAUGCACAUGUUUCAGUCCUCCUGGGGAGAAUUUGCAGAUUUUGAGAGAAUAUUUGUAAGAAUCAAGAAUACAAUCUCAGAGUACGUGAUGCAGCACUGGAAGGAAGACUUUAUGUUUGGAUACCAGUUCUUAAAUGGCUGUAACCCUGUAAUAAUCCAGAAGUGUACAAACAUUCCCAGUAAGUUUCCAGUCAUACAUGAAAUGGUAGCCGACUGCUUGGAAAGAGACCUCACCUUGGAGGAGGAACUUAAGGAAGGAAACUUGUACAUAGCAGACUAUGCAAUAAUGGAGGAUGUAACACCUAAUGCUACAGAUCCAUGUACUAUGCAAUAUUUGGCUUCACCCAUUUGCCUGCUGUACAAGAACAGCCAGAAUAAAAUUCUUCCGAUUGCCAUACAGCUGAGUCAAACCCCAGGGGAAGACAGCCCAAUCUUUCUUCCCAGUGAUGAUGAAUAUGACUGGCUGCUAGCCAAGAUCUGGGUGAGGUCUGCAGACUUUCAUGUACACCAAACUGUGACACACCUUCUCAAGACCCAUCUAAUAUCUGAGGUAUUUGCCAUCGCCAUGUACAGACAGCUGCCUGCUGUCCAUCCAGUGUACAAGUUGCUUGUACCACAUGUUCGUUUCACAAUUGCAAUCAACACCAAAGCACGAGAGCAGCUUAUUUGUGAAUGUGGCAUCUUUGACAAGGCUAAUGGAACAGGUGGAGGUGGACAUGUACAGCUGGUCCAGAAGGCCAUGAAGACAUUUACUUACAAGUCGCUGUGCUUUCCUGAGGCCAUAAAGGAUCGUGGCAUGGACAGCCAGGAAGAUCUGCCAUACUAUUACUACAGAGAUGAUGGCAUUAAAGUAUGGGAAAUUGUCAAAAGUUUUGUGACAGAUGUGGUGAACAUCUACUAUGACAGUGAUGAAACGUUGCAGAGAGAUGAAGAGAUACAAGCAUUCGUCAAGGAUGUCUGCAGCUUUGGAAUGCAGGAUUUGGACUACUGUGCAUUUCCUAAAUCACUGCAGACUCGAGAGCAGCUGGUGGAGUACCUGACAGUUGUAAUCUUUACUGCCUCAGCACAACAUGCUGCCAUUAACUUUGGACAAUUUGACUGGUGUUCAUGGAUUCCAAAUGCUCCACCCACCAUGCGGAAGCCUCCUCCCACUAAGAAGGGCCAGGUGGAUGUAAAGUUCAUAGUGGAAAGUCUGCCUGACCGCGGCCGCUCCUGCUGGCACCUCGGAGCAGUGUGGGCCCUCAGUCAGUUCCAGGAGAAUGAGUUAUUCUUAGGCAUGUAUCCUGAUGAACAGUUCACUGAGAAAUCAGUUAAGAAUGCAGUGGAGACUUUCCAGAAAAAAUUGUCAGAGGUGUCUAAAUUAAUCAAGAGUCGCAAUGAGGGGAAGAAAUUACCCUAUUACUAUCUGUCUCCAGACAGAAUUCCAAACAGUGUGGCAGUUUGAGUGUGGAAAUUGACUUUCUCAUUAAUUCAGAUAAUUUGGAUCAAGAUCAGAAGAUUUGGAUUCUUUUUUACAUUCUUUUGUGGUUCUAUUUUUCCUCUGAAAUAGAAUUUGUAGCAUAGAAUUUUGUAUUUUAUUAGUUAUCCUGUAGUUGUUACUCUUCUUACAUUUUAAAUGUACAUUUAUAGUACUCAGCAGAUGCUCUUAUCCAGAGAGACUUACAAAAGUUUCUUAUUGUCUACUCAGAAUGCUAUCUUAAGUGAGAUUAAGAGGUGCAAUAUGACACGAUACUUUAAAAUGAAGACAAUUCAAGUGCAUUUACUAUACAUUUCAGUACAAAAACAUCAUUUCAAAUGCAAAUAUAGGUACAUUUAAUAGGUGUAUGAUUAGGUUACAUUCAAGUGUUUUGCAAAGAGAUGAGACUUCAGUCUGCUUUUUAACACACUGGAGGACAGCCAUUGGGAGUUCAUUCCACCACCUGGGUGGCAGGACCAAGAAGAGUCAAGCUGGUCAAGCUGAACUUGAAGGGCUUAUGGUGUUUUCACCAAUGCCAUCAAGUAGGAAGGUGCAGUUUCAAUUUUCGCUUUGUGAACAAGCAUCAGUGCUUUAAAUCUGAUAUGAGCAGCUACAGAACUUGUUUUUUUACAUUUAUUUUGGUUUUAAGUUGUCUAGUUAUUUUUGCUUUUCCACUUUUGUGAUGAAAAUAUCAAAUAAAUAUUAAUUUCUAAUUUUCCUUAAUGUAUUUUGCAUUUUUUGCAAAUACAUGUGAUUACUGUUGCCAAGUUUUCAAUAUUCGUGUAAAUAAA